UUCACAGUCUGGAUCCAGCACAGAAAGAGAAGAUUGAAAAGUACUUUCAGGUUCGCCGUAAAUCUGGUGGUGGAGACUGCGGCCCGAUAGACAAUGUUGGUGACAACGUUUACAAGAUCGCAUUUUUUGACCAAACAGAGGACCUUGAACAGCCCCACAAACCAGGGACUCCGCUCCUUACAUGCCAGGUGAAGCGGGAGGAUCCUGGCAGAGAGCCGGACGCGAUCACCAGGAUGGAACACGGUAGCCUCACUGCAGUGGCCAUCCGCCUGCUCUUUCUGACGAUGCGCUGGAGUCUCAUGUGAGCAUCGUUCCAUACCUCUUCUGCGUGCCUGAAUCACUCGUUUACCACAGGAGCUUCGGUCUGGCUCGGAAUCCAUGGAGCCAGGGCUGGCUGAUAACCCAGAAAACACUGGAAGGGAUUCAGCCCGGUGGAGGAGUGUCGCAAUGAACUCUGGGUGUAUUCAGCCCAAGGAAGGAAUCGGGCCAAAUCCCCCUGCCGGUCCUGGCAGUGGCUCCUCAGGAACCUCCCCAGCCCCUGGUUCAUCCUCUCCACCUGCUUGUUAGACUGACGCCGGUACCCAGAAUCCAGGAGAGGGUACUUCAGAAACCUAAUCAUGUGUUGGAGAUGCCUGGAGGACCUCUCUUCCUCACUCUGAGAGGCAGCCAGGAGCCGCCACCCACAACAUUCAGCAGUCAGAGUCACCAGUCCCUCCCAUUCCAUCCCUCCCUCCCUGUCCAGACAUCCCCACCUGGUUUCCUAGAGCAUGAACUCCAUCUAGACUCCUACCUCCUGAGAUACCUGAAGGAGAGCCCUGGGGCUGGAAGAGACCUGCAGCAGCAGCUGUCCUCUCUGGGCUGCUCUGUCCACCUCCAUCCAGAGGACGGGAGGGCAGUGGUCAGAGGCUCAGGCCAAGCUGGGUCAUGUGGAGAUGGGGUUGGGGUGGGACCAUGGAAGGUACAGGUUGAGAGACUGUUCAAACAGCUCCAGGAGCGGUACAAAUGCCACUAUGAGGUAGACCCACGUAAGCUCCAGACUCUGCUGCAGAGCAGUACCCUGGGUUCAGAGGAUGUGAGGGUUUACUGCGAGGCAGGGGAAGGGUUUGCGGUGGUGGUUGGGGAGGGGCCUGAGGUCCAGGCCAAGCUGAAGGAGCUGGAGGCCUUCCAGGGUCAGGGUCUGAGCUCCUGGAAGCAGGAGAAGAUUAGCACCACCUGUCGUCUGGGACAGUCCAAGCUCCGGCUUCUAGGUGAAGUGAUAGAGAAAGAUCUAGGUGAGGCUGUUCCAGGGGUGAGGGUGACGCGCAGUAACUCAUCUCAGCUGGUGCUGGAGGGUUCAGCAAGUGAUGUCCGGACAGCCAGACAGUUAGUUACAGAUAAAAUCUCUCUGGUGCUGGAGCGGGUGGUGCCUGAGGUGUCCCCCCACCUCCUGUCCUUCCUGAGGGAUGAGUAUGGGAGGCCUGGGAACCUGAGCAGUCUGCUGGGGUUGGGACUCCAUGUGGAGGUAGAGUUGGGGGAUACAGAACUCCGUCUGUUCUCCCUCUCCUCUGGGAAACUGGAGCAGGCUGAGAAGGAUCUGCUGAGGGAGUUUGGGGAGGAGAAGAUCGAUUUGCCCAACUGUGGCACCCUGCCAUCUGAACUGAAAUCCAAGCUUGAGAAGAAGGUGAAGGAGAUGAACCAGAGCAGAUGCAGGGUGGUGGCAAGGUAUGGUCCUGGGUGUAGAGUGCAGUUGCUGGGCAACGUGAAGGAGGUUCAGGAGCUGAGGGAGGAGAUCGGGGCCUUUCUGAUAGACCAGUCCAGUGUGGAGGAGACAGUGUGUCUCCCUUACCCAGAGAUUGCUGACCACCUACCAGAACUGCUGGAGAGGAUCGGUGUGGAACACACUGGGGUGACCCUCUACCCCUCAGCCUCAGCCAUCCACCCCACUGUGAUGCUCUGUGGACCCUCUGUCCGGGUGGCCCAGGUUAGGGACAGGUUGGGUCCCGCUCUGGCCUCCUUGGUCCACCAGACUGUGACCAUAGACCAGCCGGGGGCGCUACGCUACUUCCAGGGCCUGGGAAGGGAGUACCUGGGAGUGGUGGGUCGCUCUCAACACUGCCUCAUCCAGCUGCACAACCACGGUGGUGUUGCCGGCGAAGCUCGCGCCGGACCAAUACUGGAGGAGAUGGUCACAGCCACCAGCUAUCGCCUCCAGCGGGGGCUGCAGGUUGUGGUACGUCAAGGUGACAUCACCAAGGAACGGGCGGAUGCGCUGGUGAACCCAGCCAAUGAGGACCUGGAUCACGCUGGUGGCCUGGCUGCAGCUCUAAGCCGUGCGGGGGGGCCUGAGGUACAGCAGGCCAGCAGAGAUCUGGUUAGGCAGAUCGUUAGAGUGCCCACAGGUACAGUGGUAGGGACUACAGGAGGGAAGUUGCCUUGUAAGAUGCUGCUGCAUGCAGUGGGACCAGUAGGGGGCAGUGUAGGUGGGAAUGAGCGCCCUCUGCUGGAGAAGACAGUAAAGGCAGUCCUGGAUCUGGCAGAGACCCUGGAGCUCCAGACCUUGGCCAUGCCCUGCAUCAGCUCAGGGUUAUUCGGCGUUCCUCUGAAGGUGUGUUCUGAGGCCAUAGUCUCUGCAGUGAGGGACUUUGGGAGGGAACAGCGCAUCCUUAACAAGGUCACUCUGAUUGAUGUGAGUGGAGAGGCAGUGAGAGCCAUGCAGGAGGCCUGUGAUAGGCUGUUACAGGGUAAGAGGGAGAUUCCUGAGUGGGAGAGAAUGUCGAGCACCACCACGACCACUACACAUGCUCCUCAGAGAGACACCACUGCUGCCUCCACCAGGGGACCAGCUGCUCCAGAGGUCUGUGUCCAGGUGGAGAUCAUCCAGGGAACCAUAGAGAAACAGGAGGUGGAUGCCCUGGUGUCCCCCAUGGUUGGUAGUAACCCUCUCUCCUCCCGAGUGGGUAAUGUCUUGUCGGAGGCAGCUGGACCGGCGCUGAUGACAGCGUUUCUGAGGGAAUUAGGGGGACGGACUGCACCUGGUGACAACGUCCUGGUGGAGGGACUGUCUGGUCUCAGCUCUGGCAGCGUCUUCUUCCUCAGCUGUCUACAAUGGGACAACAACCUCCACGGACCAGCAGUACAGGCUCUGAGGCAGGGUGUGAGGAAAGUUCUAGCCUCUUGUGAGAUCCGGGGAUUCUGUUCUGUUGCCUUCCCUGUACUUGGAACUGGUGUGGUUCUCCAGUUCCCUCACAAUGUGGUAACACAGGUUCUGCUAGAAGAGAUCCGUAGGUAUGAACAGAACCGAGCGAGCAGAACCCCCUUCCUUGUCCGCAUUGUUAUCCAUCCCAAUGACAGAGAUUCUACCAAGGCUUUCCAGACUUCCCAGUGUGCUUUGCAUGUCAGAGGGUUUGUAAUGGAUGCUUCUCCAGAUCAGACCUCCUUCUAUCGCCACAUCUCAACCACUCAGGACGAGGUCUCUGCCACGCUGGGCAGUGUCAAGCUACAACUGGUCUUUGGCGACAUCAUCCGUGAGACCACGGAUGUCAUCGUCAACACCACAGACUUCUCAGCCAACCAUUCAGGUGUCUCCAAAGCUAUUCUGACUGCUGCAGGUUCCACAGUCCAAGCAGCGUUAGCACAAGUGGGUGUGCCAGGAGGCUUGAUGUGCACCACAGGGCCCGGUGCACUGGGCUGCAAGGAGAUCGUUCACGUCAGCUUUAACUGCGACACACAGAGGAUCAGCAAGGUCUGUGGGAAGAUACUGAAACAGUGUGAGAGAAAGGGCUACCGCUCUGCAGCCUUCCCUGCAGUCAACACUGGAGCUGCUCGAGCAGACUCUGUCUCUGUGUGUAAGGCCAUGUUGGAUGGCAUGGCGUCAAGUGUGAGGGAUUUGUCCCCCAACAUCCUCUCUGUCAUCCGCAUUGUCAUGCUGCAGAGACCCGUCUUCCAGGCAUUCAGGUCAGAGCUGGAGAGCCGACUGGGAGCUAUCGCUCCAAUCCCAACACUGAAAGAGAGAGCCCAACAGAUACUGAAGAAGAAACUGAGGAUCGGCUUUUCCUCCCCCUCGCAUGGCUCCCUUCCCCCUCCUCAUGCCCUUCCAGGCCUCACCAUCACCCCCUGGAGACCGCCCCCGGUGGUGCUGAGCGUGGUGGGGCGCGGGGAGGACACCAUCAGGGUGGCCAGGCGGGAGCUGGAGGCCAUCUUGCAGAACCAGCUGACUCAGAGAGAUGUGAAGGGAGAGGACCUGUGCAUGCUGGGAGAGGUGGAGCUGCAGGCCGUGCAGAAGAAUGCCAAGGUCCUGGGAGUGAGCCUGGAGCUGGGUAGAGUUCAGAGGGCAGGAGGGGUGGAAGCUGGGGCUGGAGCUCGAGGUGGAGCUGCGGCUGGAGAGGGGUUUUAUAUUCUCCGAGGCCUGAAGGAGGACGUUCUGAGCGUACGCGAGGUGCUGGACAGUGCGCUCAGUGGUGCCCUCCGCAGGGAGCUGCAAGAGAGAAAUGAGGCACUAAUGGCCCUCAGUGUCCAGUGGUCUAUGUGCAGGCAUGGUGACGUUUGGGAGGAGCUGGGGAUGCAUGACAACUACCAUCUGGAGCAGGCACACCUAAGAGGAGAUGUCUCAGCAGAGCUGGAUGUCCCAGAUGGGAGCAAAGUCAGGGUGAACCUGAAGAACAACAUGGCCACUGACUGGAAAACGGGUUGCACCUAUAAGAUGAAGCGAGAGGAGAGUGAAAAAUUGCCAUCGUACUGGGAUGAUAUGGCCACUGGUGAAACGCUGAAGAGAGUGCUGCUCUUGCCUACCUCGUCAGAGUACCAGGCGGUGGCACAGGCAUUCCAAAGCACCACGGCCACACAAGUCGCCAUCCACAAAAUUGAGCGUGUGCAGAAUGUAUUUCUGUGGCAGGCGUAUGCAUUGUGUGAGCAGCGCAUCCGGGCCAAGAACGGAGCAGCGGCGGUAGGGGUAAGGAAACUCUACCACGGGACGGCAGCAAAAACCUGUGACGCCAUUGAAAGUAAUGGAUUCGACAGGAGCUAUGCUAAUAUUACAGCAUAUGGAGUGGGUGUGUAUUUUGCUGUGAACGCCAGCUAUUCAGCCAAUCCCAGAUUUAGCCCUCCUGAUGGUUCUGGGCACAGGCGUAUGUACGUUGCACGUGUCCUGACCGGGCGCUAUACCCUGGGUGACCCCUCCAUGAAGUUCACCCCUCGUCGCUCCCCCACAGAUUCCGCUGACUGCUAUGACAGUCUAGUGGACAACCUGCAGAGACCCAGCAUGUUUGUCAUCUUCCACGACGACCAAGCGUACCCAGAGUACCUCAUCACCUUCAUAUGAUAGUGGGCCUACAUAAUGAAUUAGAAAGCAUUCGUAAUCAUUUAUACGCAGUUUUGUUUUACAUGCAUGAAGGCAUUUAAAUGCCUUUAUUGUUUUUGAGUAUGAUUCUCACUUCUAUCAUUAUAAUCAGCUGUCAUAAUCAUUCUCAUCACUAUAUCUAUGUAUCAUAAUGAUUGUCACAUUGCAUGCGUUCUGCUGCAGGACCUAAAGUAGUACACAAUCUGCAGAGGUUAAUCACUAAAAUGGUAAAAAAAAUGUUUGAAGAUAUUUAAGUGAGAUUUAUUUGUGUCUUUUUGAUUUGGCACUAUACUAUACGUCAGAUAGCUGUACUGUGAAUGAGAAUAUAUUAUUGUGUUUUUGUGGAGUUAGCACGUUGACGUUUAUUGUCAUGAGUCUUUCCCUGGAGGCAGAACUGGGCGACAGUGAGCGGUUUCGCUAGAUGGUUCAGCUGCAAAGUCAAAAUUUGAAGGUUAGGGUUAUGCAUUAGGUUUAGCAGUGUGGUUAAGGUUAGGAUUAAGAUUAGGAUAAGGUUUAAAUUUGAUUUUAUAACUUUUUGGCUGAGCUAGCUAGUGACCACUCUGCAGAGCUGCCUUCAGUACAUGAGUCAUCUCAAUAAAAAGCCAUUUGGGGACGCAGGGGCCGGUAUGUUCCGGGGUCCUUGUUGGUCCCCGGUUUUAUGGGGGGGAUGUGACGACCCUCCUACUGUGUCUGCCGUAUUCUCUAUUUGUUCUUGUUUCCUUAUUAGGAUGCCAGUGGGCGGAGUUGGGAGGGUCGUCAGCUACAUGGAAAACACCUGGGCCCGGUGUGUCCCAGGAUAAAUACACCACUUCCCCAUUCAUGGAGGAGACUCUCUCCAUGCAGACACACCUGGGCCAGGUGUCUCCCAGGAUAAAUACACCACUUCCCCAUUCCUAGGGGAGAGCAGACACCUUUAUAGAUUUUGUUGUGUAUCUUGGUGGUUUUUGCUUGUUUGCUUUGGCACCUUUAAACACCCUGCAUUAUCACAUUCAUGCAUGCAAAACACUCACUUACACUACUGAUUACUGAUUACACACACCAUUGUAUAUUGUACUUUA